AUCUUUUCAAACCCAAUCCCCAUUUUCAUCAAACAAUUUCGGAAAAAAGAAUCUGGGUUAAUUUCGCGUGGUUUGAAACUUUAUUUCAAACCAUAAGCUUAUUAGAUUGCCAACAAAAUCAAAACAAUGGAGGAACAAGAGCAUGUUGGCUUGCCAUUGUUACAAGAUGAAGAAACAGAUUCAAAACCCAAGAAAACACCAUCCCAGAGAGUGAUGAGGAAGGCCUUCAAAGGGACAGCACAUUUGGCUAACCUCCUCCCCACAGGGACAGUUUUGGCAUUCCAGAUUCUUGCCCCAGCUUUCACACAUGAAGGCAAAUGCAUAUCUGUGGUGAGCCAAACAAUGACCGUGGCUCUUCUCGUCGGAUGUGCCAUCUCUUGUUUCUUCCUAUGUUUCACCGAUAGCUUUCGGGAUGAGAGGGGAAAAGUCCGCUAUGGGCUUGCCACAUUCCAUGGGCUCUUCAUUCUUGAUUUAUCUUCCGUCACGUUGUCCCCGGAUGAGGCUGCCAAACACAGGAUAAGGUUGUUGGAUUUCUUCCACGCCUUCAACUCGGUCUUGGUUUUUGCCGCGACUGCUUUGCUUGAUAAAAACGUUGUGAAUUGUUUGUACCCUUCGCCAUCCCCGGAGACGGAAGAACUUCUUUCAAUUUUGCCAGUCGGUGUUGGCUUCAUGUCUAGCCUCUUUUUCAUUGCAUUCCCCACCAGACGCCAUGGAAUUGGUUUCCCUCUCUCCCGUGAUUAACAUCCACGCCUCCAAAGCUUUGAUUAACAUCCACGCCUCCAAAGCUUAUUUGGUUCGAGCCUUCGAGGGUUUUAAAGGGAAAGGAGGGGAAAAUGUGCAAUGUUUAUUUUAAGUAAUUUCUACAUUUAGCUGGUUAAAAUGCAAAUGAUUUCCUAUAUAAAAAUACAUGAUGUACUACUAAUACACUCCAACAAAAUAAAAACAUUGACAAAAUAAAAACAAUGUAUAAAUGUUUAGGUCAAUGAGGUUUGAGUUCUACCCAAUUUUGAAUUUGUUUGGUGAUUCCGC